AUGGCCGCGGUGGGGGGGCCGAGGGUCACCGCAAGGGUGGCGGCCAUCGCUGUGCUGUGGGUGACAGCCGUGGGGGCGGCCACGGGGCGCUGGUGCGAGCGGACGGUGCUGGUGACGGAGCGGGAGGAGGUGAGGCCGCGGCGCGAGGCCGCGGUGCCGUGUCCCAGUUUGUACCAGUACAGCCUGGCCGGGUGGCGCCUGGACCGGGACCGCACGCGCCGGGAGCGCGGGAGCCCCGACGGGGACACCGAGCCCGCCCUCUGCUACAUCUACCGCCCCCCGGAGGUGCGGCCGGUGGCGCGGAACCGCACGGAGCGCGGCUGCUGUCCCGGCUGGAGCGGCGCCCGCUGCACCGAGGGCCCCGGCUCCCUGGGCCGCUGUUUCAGCGCGUGGCAGUGCCAGGACGGCGCCAGCCACAACGGCAGCGCCAUGAGCCGCGCCGAGUGCUGCCAGCAGCCCUGGGGACACAGCUGGCAGCGCGGGGACACCGGCGGGCCCUGCCUGCCCUGCACCCGCCUGCCCCUGGGCGGGGACGGGGGCUCCCCGCGCCACCGCAGCCCCCCGGCCACGUGCCAGGCCUGGGCCGGCUCCCGGUUCCGCACCUUCGACGGGCGGCACUUCGGGGUCACCGGGAACUGCCGCUACAGCCUGGCCAGCGCCACCGACGGCACCUGGGACGUCACCAUCGGCCUGGGACAGCCACGGGAGCUGCACAUGACCUUCGGGACAGACACGGUGGUGGCCCAGGGACAGAAUGUGUCGGUGAACGGGGCAGCAGUGCCAGAGGGGCGCCCCUACCUGCACAAAGGGCUCGGCGUCACCUGGCCGGGUGACUGGGUGGCCGUGGCCAGCAGCCUGGGAGUGCGGGUGGCCUGGGACGGACACCUGGCCGUGACAGUGACAGUGGAGCCCGAGCUGCGCGGUGGCACCUGGGGGCUCUGUGGCACCUACACCGACGACCCCGCAGAUGACUUCCUGCUCCCUGAUGGGGACAUCGCUGCCAUUGCCGCCUCCUUUGCCAACGCCUGGAAGGUGCCGGUGGCCAGCACAGAGCCCCCGUGCAGGGACGUGCCCGAGGGUGGCCCCAGGUGUGGCCCGGGGCAGGUGGCAGCGGCGGUGGCCACGUGCGGGCGGCUGCUGGCCCAGCCCUUCCGGCAGUGCCACGGCGAGGUGGAUCCCAGCGGGUUCUAUGCAGCGUGUGUGGCACUGCUGUGCGGGGACGGGGACCCCCUGUCACCCCCUGAUCCCCUGUCACCCCCCGAUCCCCUGUCACCCCCCGAUCCCCUGCCACCCCCCGAUACCCUGUCACCUCCCGGUCCCCUGCCACCCCCCGAUCCCCUGUCACCCCCCGAUCCCCUGUCACCCCCUGAUCCCCUGCCAUCCCCUGAUCCCCUGUCACUCCCCGGUCCCCCCGGUCCCCCCGGUCCCGCUCCCGCCGCCGCCUGUGCCACGUUCGCCGCCUACUCCCGGGAGUGCUCCCGCCGCCAGCUCCACGUGCCCUGGCGCCGCCCCGGCCUCUGCGAGCGCCGCUGCGGGGCCGGGCAGCCCUUCUCGGACUGCGUGUCGCUGUGCCCUGUCACCUGUGUCACCGCGGGCGGCGCCGAGCCGGGCCCCUGCCGGCGCCACUGCCACGGCGGCUGCGAGUGCGGCCCGGGGCUGGCCCGGGACGGCCCGCGCUGCGUGCCCCCGGCCGCCUGCCCCUGCCACCACCGGCGGCAGCGCUACGAGCCCGGCCAGAGCGUCCGCCAGCGCUGCAACCGAUGCACGUGCGACGGUGGCCGCUGGCGCUGUGAGCAGCAGCGGUGCCCGGCCGAGUGCGCCGUGCUGGGGGGACGUCACUUUGUCACCUUCGACCGCCGCCGCUUCUCCCUGCCGGCCACGUGCGCGCACACCCUGGUGGAGGACUUCGUGUCGGGGCGGCUGCUGAUCACAGCCGAGCACGAGCCGUGUGACAGCCACCCGGGCUGUCCCCGCAGCCUCACCGUCACCACCAACCGCACCACGGCGCGGCUCCACGGCACAGGGGAGGUGACAGUGGCCGGGCGGGAGGUGACGCUGCCCUUCUCCGGUGCCGGGCUGAGCAUCCGCCGCGCGUCCUCGGCCUUCCUGCACCUGCAGCUGCCCGACGGGCACCUGCUCUGGGGCCUGGGCACCCCCGACACCUUCAUCACCCUGCAGCCCGCCAUGGCCGGCACGGUGCGGGGGCUUUGCGGGACCUUCAACGGGGACCAGCGCGACGAGUUCACGACGCCGGAGGGGGACGUGGAGCCGGGAGUCGCCGCCUUCGCCAACGCCUUCCGGGCGGCCGGAGCGUGCCCGGCGCUGGGCCCCGGCAUUGCCGACCCCUGCGACGGCUUCCCCGGGAGCCGGGAGCGCGCCGAGGCCGCCUGCGCCGUGCUCCUGGGGCCGGCCUUCCAGCCGUGUCACCGCGCCGUGGACCCGGAGCCGUUCCUGGAGCUGUGCCGCUGGGACGUGUGCUCCUGCCUGGACCGGGAACGGGAACGGGAACGGGAAUGGGAGCGGUGCCUGUGCCCCGCGCUGGGCGCCUACGGCCGGGAAUGCGCCCGGGAGGGAACCGAGCUGGAGUGGAGGAACCGGAGCCUCUGCGACGAGCCGUGUCCCGGGGGGCAGCAGUACCGGGACUGUGGGGGUCCCUGCGGCCGCUCCUGCCCAGAGCCCCCCGGCGGCAGUGACUGUCCCCCCCCGGAUACCCUCUGUGUCCCCGGCUGUCGCUGUCCCCCGGGGCUGCUGCUGGCACAGGGCGGGCAGUGUGUGCCCCCCGCCGCCUGCCCGUGCCCCCGCGGUGCCCGCCUGUACCCGCCCGGCGCCCGCAUCCGCCGCGGCUGCCAGGCCUGCGUGUGCGCAGGGGGGUCGUGGCGCUGCGCCCCCGGCCCGUGUCCCCCGGCCCCGCGCUGUCCCCCGGGGCUGCUGCACGCUCCCGGCUCCUGCCUGCGCCGCUGCGACCCCGCCGAGCCCUCCGGCACCUGCGGCGGCCCCGCCGACGGCUGCGUGUGUCCCCCCGGGGCGCUGUUCCUGGACGGGCGCUGCGUGUCGCCGGAGCAGUGUCCCUGUCACCACGGCGGGCGGCCGUACCCGCCCAACGCCACCAUCGCCCGCGACUGCAACACCUGCGUGUGCCGGGGCCAGCGGUGGCACUGCGGGCGCCGGGAGUGCGCGGGGACCUGCGUGGCCACGGGGGACCCGCACUAUGUCACCUUCGACGGCCGCGCCUUCACCUUCGCGGGGGACUGCGAGUACCUGCUGGCCCGCGAGGCCACCGGGCUGUUCGCUGUCACCGCCGAGAACGUGCCCUGCGGCGCCAGCGGCGUCACCUGCACCAAGUCCGUGCUGGUGGCCAUGGGCAACACCGUGGUGCACAUGCUGCGGGGGCGAGAGGUGACAGUGAACGGGGUGGCCGUGCGACCCCCCAAGGUGUUCGGGGGCUCGGGGCUGGCGCUGCAGCGCGCGGGGCUCUUCCUGCUGCUCCUGACGCGCCUGGGGCUGGCCGUGCUCUGGGACGGAGGGACCCGCGUGUACGUGCGCGUGUCCCCGCGGCUGCGCGGCCGCCUGGCCGGGCUCUGCGGGAACUUCGACGGCGACGCCGAGAACGACUUCGGGAGCCGCGACGGGGCCCUCGAGGCCACCCCCGAGAUCUUCGGGGACUCCUGGCGCCUCAGCCCGCUCUGCCCCGAGGCCGACGGCCGCCGCCCGCACCCCUGCGAGGAGAGCCCCCAGCGCGCGGCCUGGGCGCGGGGGCGCUGCGGGGUCCUGCGGCACCCGCUGUUCGCGCCCUGCCACGAGCUGGUGCCGCCGCAGCGCUUCUACGAGUGGUGCCUGUUCGACGCCUGCGGGUGCGACAGCGGCGGGGACUGCGAGUGCCUGUGCACGGCCCUGGCCGCCUACGCCGAGGAGUGCGGCCGGCGGGGGAGAGCGCUGCGCUGGCGGAGCCAGGGGCUGUGUCCCCUGCAGUGCGAGGGGGGGCAGGAGUACAGCCCCUGCGGGCCCCCCUGUCCCCCCACCUGCCGCGACCUGGGCCGGGAGCCCCCCGAGCUCUGCGGGGCCCUGGGCUGCCUCGAGGGCUGCUUCUGCCCCCCCGGGCGGCUCCUGCACGACGGGCAGUGCGUGGAGCCCCCCGCCUGCCCCUGCUUCUGGGACGGCUUCGCCUUCCCGGCCGGGGCCAGCGUGACCCAGGGCUGCAGCAACUGCACGUGCGUGGCGGGGCGCUGGCAGUGCCCCCCGAGCCCGGCCCCGUGCCCCGCCGCCCCCGCCUGCGCCCCCUGGGAGUUCCGCUGCCGGGCCGGGGGGCUCUGCGUGCCCGGGGCCUGGCUCUGCGACAACGAGGACGACUGCGGGGACGGCUCGGACGAGCUGUGCGACCCGCCCUGCGCCCCGCGGCAGCCCCGCUGCCCCGGCGGGCCCUGCCUGCCCUGGGGGGCGCGCUGCGACGGCGUCACGCACUGCCCCGACGGCUGGGACGAGGCCGGGUGUCCCCCCCGCGCCUGCGAGCCCCCCGAGUUCGCCUGUGCCGGGGGGCGCUGCCUGCCCCCCGCGCGGGUCUGCGACGGGCGCCUCGAUUGUCCCCCCGGGGAUGACUCGGACGAGGCGGGCUGCGCCCCCCGGUGCGGGCCGGGGCAGUUCCGGUGCGGCGGGGGCCGCUGUGUGCCCUCCCCGCUCCGCUGCGACGGCCGCGACGACUGCGGGGACGGCAGCGACGAGCGCGGCUGCGCCUGCCCCGAGGGGCACCUGCCGUGUCCGGGGGGCGGCUGCGUGCCCCCCGCCGCCCUCUGCGACGGCCGCCGCCACUGCCCCGACGGCGCCGACGAGAACGACUGCCCCGCGCGGGCCACCUGCGCCCCCGGCACCGUGCCCUGCCCCGACGGCUCCUGCGUGCCGGAGGCGGCCGUGUGCGACGGCGCCCGCGACUGUCGCGACGGCUGGGACGAGAGCCCGGCGGGGUGCGCGGUGGCGCUGCCGCCCGCGCCGCUGUCACCUGUCACCGCUGUCACCACCUCUGUCACCGCUGUCACCGCCGACACUGCCGUCGCGGUCACCAGCGGCACUGUCGCCAGCACCGUCACCGUCAGUGACACUGACGCUAUCGCCGACACCUCUGCUGUCACCGCCGCUGUCGCCAGCACUGUCGCUGUCGCUGUCACCGCCUCGGCCGCGCCCUGCCCGCCCCGCUCCCUGCGCUGCGACAGCGGCGGCUGCGUCCCGCGGGGAUGGCGCUGCGACGGCGACAGCGACUGUCCCGAUGGCAGCGACGAGCGAGGCUGCGCCCCCCCGUGCGCCCCCGGCCACCUGCCCUGCGGCCCCGCCUGCGUCCCCCCCCGCCGCCUCUGCGACGGCCUCCCCGACUGUCGCGACAGCGUCGACGAGAGCCCCUGGCUGUGCGAGCCCCCCGGCCCCGGGAGCGGCCCGCGGGGUCCCUGCGCGGAGUUCGACUGCGGGGACGGGGAGUGUGUCACCUUCGGGCAGGUGUGUGACGGGCUGCGGGACUGCGCCUCGGGGGGGGACGAGCGGGGCUGCGGCCUCUGGGCUCCCUGGGGGCCCUGGGGGUCCUGCAGCCGCCCCUGCGGGCCCGGGGGGCAGCGCCGCGCCCGGGGGUGUCACCAGCGCCGCCCGGGGCUGCUGCGGGGCUGCCGGGGACCCCGCGAGCAGGAGCGAGCCUGCUUCCACCGCGCCUGCCCGGUGGACGGAGCGUGGGGCCCGUGGGGUCCCUGGUCCGAGUGCCCGGGGGGCUGCGGGGGGGUCCGGCUGCGCACCAGGGGGUGCCGGCCCCCCCAGAACGGCGGCCGCGCCUGCGAGGAGCUGCGAGGGGGCCCCGGAGCGCUGGAGAUGGCCCCCUGUGCCCCGGGGGGGUGCCCCAACGCCUCGCAGUGCUCGGAGGGGCUGCGCCCCCUGCCCUGCGCCCCCUGCCCCGCCUCCUGCGCCGACCUGGCCGCCGCCGUGCCCUGCCCGCGCCCCCCGCCCUGCCGGUGCUGGUGCCCGGCGGGGCAGGUGCUGGAGCCCCCCGAGGGGUGCGUGCGGCCGGGGCAGUGCCCGUGCCGGGCCGGGGGGCGCCGCUUCCCCCCGGGAGCCCCGGUGCCGCUCGGGUGUCGCGUGUGCACGUGCCUCGAGGGACAGCUGCGACACUGCCGCCCGCGCCCCGGCUGCUCAGUGGACUGCGGCUGGUCCUCGUGGUCGCCGUGGGGGCCGUGCGGGGGCGGCUGCGGCGGCCCCGGGGUGCAGUGGUCCUUCCGCAGCCCCUCGAACCCGGCCCGGCGCGGGGGCGGCCGCCACUGCCGCGGCAUCUACCGCAAAGCGCGACGGUGCCGCUCGCCGCCGUGCCCGCGGUGCCGGGAGCGCGGCCGCUGGCGCGUCCCCGGGGAGCGCUGGCGGGGGCGGCCGUGCCAGCUGUGCCAGUGCCUGCCGGGCGGCGCCGUGCGCUGCGUCCCCUACUGUCCCCUCCGCCGCUGUCCCCAGGGCCAGGCGCUGCGGGAAGGGGACGGCGGCUCCUGCUGCUCCUGCGGCCCCGCGGGUGACAACGCCACGGCCACCCCGCCCGGGAUGGUGACAGCGCUGUCCCCAAGCGGUGCCGAGACCCCCGGCCCCACGGCCGGGCCCGAGGGGCCCAAAGGCACCGACACCCCCCCGGAGCCCCCCAGCGCGGCCGGGGGCACCCCCAGAACCGCGACCCGGCCCGAGGGCACCCCGGGACCCCCCGAGGGCACCCCCGGAACCGCGACCCCGCUCCAGGACACGCCGGGACCCCCCGAGCGCUCCGCGCCCCCCCCCGAGCCGGAGCUGCCCUCGCUGGCCCCCACGGGGGUCCCCGCCGCGACCCCCCCAGGCUGCGCCCCCCGGCCCUGGGGGGGGUGGGGGUCCUGCAGCCGCUCCUGCGGGGUGGGGGUCGCUCUGCGGCGCCGGAGGGAGACCCCGCCCGGGGGGGGCUGCGCCCACCGCCCCGACACCGGCACCGGAACCGACACCGGCACCGGAACCGAAACCGACACCGGCACCGGCACGGACAGCGGCACCGGAACCGACAGCGGAACCGAAACCGACACCGGCACCGGAACCGACACCGGCCCCGGCACCGGCACCCGAACCGGCACGGACAGCGGCACCGGAACCGACACCGGAACCGACACUGAAACCCGCGUGUGCUUCCUGCGAGCCUGCCCAGUUUCGGGCGGGUGGGCGCCCUGGGGCUCCUGGAGCGCCUGCGCCGCCCCGUGCGGGGGGGGGCAGCAGAUUCGCCGCCGCAGCUGCAGCGACCCCCCCCCAAAAAACGGGGGGCGGCCGUGCGAGGGAGGGGCGCUGCAGAGCCGGCCCUGCAACCUGCAGCCCUGCGGGGACCCCCCAGCCUGCCCCCCCCAGGCGCUGCUGGUGCCCCCGGGGGGGUGCGAGGAUCUGGGGGUCCCCCCGUGCCCCCCGACCUGCGCGGACCUGAGUGGGAACAGCUCGUGCCCGGGGGGCUGCCAGGAAGGCUGCCGGUGCCGGCCCGGGCUGGUGCUGCAGGGGAGCGGCUGCAUCGAGCCCAGAACCCAUCUGUACCCCAAAUCCCACCGGUACCCGAACCCUGCUGCACCCCGAACCCAUCUGUACCCCAAAUCCCACAGCGCCUGCGGGGUCCCUGCGGGGGUGAUGGGGGUGCCCGGGGAUCGGGGCCCCCCUGAAUCCUGCGGGUGGUCGCGCUGGACCCCCUGGACCCGCUGUGACUGCGGCACCGGGACCCGGCAGCGCUUCAGGUCCCCCACCAACCCCGCGGCCGCGCCGGGCGGUGCCCCCUGCACCGGGAGCCCCCGAGAGGAGCGGGGCUGUGCCGAGCUCUGCGGCCCCGGUACGUGCCAGGAUCCCCCCGAGACCCCCGAGCCCCGGAGCCCCGGAGCCGGGACCCCCGAGCGCCCCCGCGGCCCCUCGAGCGCCGCGUGUCCGUCUGUCCGUCUGUCCGCAGAGCCCGGGAGCGCGGGGCCGCCUGCGGGGGCCGCCGGGGUGCCGGGGGGCACUGAGACCCCAGGGUCCCCAGAGAGCCCAUGGACCCCAGGGUCCCCAGGGUCCCCAGGACCGCCGUGGGCGCUGGAGCCAGCGUGGGGCACGGAGCUGCCGUGGGGCACGGAGCCGCUGUGGGUCCCGGAAUCCCCGGAGCCCCCCGAGCCACCGGAACCCCCAGGGUCCCCAGAACCCCCAGAACCCCCGGAGUCCCCGGAGGCCGCGCUCGGCCCGUGGUCGCCCUGGAGCGCGGAGCCCUCGCCGGUGCCGGUGUCUCCCUGGAGCGCGGAGCCCGCCCGCGCCCCCGAGGCGCCGGUGCCCGCCCGGUGGUCGCCGUGGGGGCCGUGGGGCGGCUGCAGCGCCCCGUGCGGGGGCGGCGAGCGCUGGCGCCAACGGGGCUGCGGGACCCCCCCGUGCCCGGGACCGGCGCUGCAGAGCCAGAGCUGCCACAGCCACGCGUGCCGCGAGGCCGGGUGCCCCCCGGGGCGGACGUUCCGUGAGUGCGGGGGGCGCUCGGGGUGUCCCCGGAGCUGCGCCCACCUCGGGGGGGCCGUGGGGUGCGCGGGGGGGUGCCAGGAGGGCUGUCACUGCCCCCCCGGCACCUUCCUGCACCGCCGCACCUGCCUGCAGGUGAGACCCCUCCCCAUGGGGGUGCUGCCCCCAAAGCCGGCCCCUGUGCCCCCCAGCACGUGCCUGUGGGGCCGCCUGCGCUGCGCCCCCCCCGGGGGCUCCGCCUGCAACGGGACCGCGACACCGAACUGUGCCAGCGGCCCCUGUGCCGCGGAGCCCGGCCCCACACCCGAUCUCGGCCCCAUAUCAGAUCUCGGCCCCACACCCGAUCUCGGCCCCAUAUCGGAUCUCAGCCCCACAGCCCCAGGGGCCGAGCAGGAGCCCGGGGGGUCUCCGAUGGCCCCGGCGGUCCCGUGGGGGCCGUGGGGGCCGUGGGGACCCUGCAGCCAGAGCUGCACCCGCCCCGAGAGCCCCGCGAGCCGCAGCCGCCACCGGGACUGCGCGGGGGGAAACUGUGGGGCGGGGGCGAGCACCGACACACGGCCCUGCAACCUGCCGCACUGCGAAGGUACGGGGGAUAUGGGGUUAAUGGGGUCACCCUGCAACCUGCCGCACUGCGAAGCCCCCCCGUGCCCGACGCCCCCCUGCCCGUGCCGCUGGAGCCCCUGGGGUCCCUGGGGGUCGUGCUCGCGGCCCUGCGGGGGGGGGCAGCAGCGGCGGCUCCGCGCCUUCGCCCCCCCCGGGCCCGGGGAGCGCUGGUGCCCCCAAAUCCUGGGGGGGGGCCACGAGCAGCGCCGGCCGUGCGGGGUGACGGCGUGCCGGGUGAACGGCGCGUGGUCCCCGUGGGGUCCCUGGUCGCGCUGUGACGUCACGUGCGGGGGGGGCCGCUCCGUGCGCAGCCGCUCCUGCUCCAGACCCCCCCCCAAAAACGGGGGCAGCCCCUGCCCCGGGGCGGGGCACGAGCUGCGCGUCUGCAACGCCCGCGCCUGCGGCCCGCGGUGCCCCCCCGGGCAGACCGAGUCCCCCUGUGCCACCCGGUGCCCGCGGAGCUGCCGGGACCUGCAGGAGGGGGUGUCCUGCGUGGUGGGGGCGCCCUGCGAGCCGGGCUGCCGCUGCCCCCCCGGCACCCUGGAGCAGGACGGGGGCUGCGUGCCCCCCGCGCUGUGCCCCUGCCUGGACUCGGGGGGGCACCUCUGGGUGCCGGGGGGGGGCGGCCCCGCCCGGGGCUGCCGGAACUGCACGUGCGCGGGGGGGCGGCUGCGCUGCGGGCCGGGGGGGUGCCCGCCCCCCCCCGCGACCCCCGGGACCCCCCCCGGCACCGCCCCCUGCGCCUGGAGCCGCUGGAGCCAGUGGGGACCCUGCAGUGCCACCUGCGGGGGGGGGCGGCAGCUGCGACACCGGACCCCCAUUCCCCCCGAGGGCGGGGGGGCGCCGUGUGGAGCCCCCCAGGAGCAGGCGCGGGGCUGCGAGGAGGCGCCGUGCCCGCCGCUGUGCCCCUGGGCGGGGGGCGAGCGGGCGCUGGGCGAGCGCUGGAGCCCCGGCCCGUGCCGGCUCUGCACCUGCACCCCCGAGGGACCCGACUGCGGGGACACGCCGUGCGCCGCCGAGCCGUGUGACUGGAGCCCCUGGGGGCCCUGGGGACCCUGCAGCGACCCCUGCGCGGGGGGGUCCCGCCUGCGCCACCGGCACCCCCGGCACCCCGAGCCCCCCGGGCGGGCGUGCGCGGGGGUCCGCACCCAGAGCGAGAGCUGCGGCUCCAGCGCCUGCCCCGAGCCCCGGUGCGGCGGGGGGGGCCGCGGCCGCAGCCCCUGCGCCGGGCGCUGCCCCCGGAGCUGCGCGGACACCUGGGCGCCGGUGCAGUGUCUGCAGGGACCGUGCGAGACAGGGUGCCGGUGCCCCCCCGGGCAGCUGCUGCAGGACGGGCACUGCGUCCCCCUGAGCCGCUGCCGCUGCGGGACCCCCGGCGGGGACAGCGGGAGCCGCGAGGUGGCCCCGGGCACCGUGACCCGCGUCGGGUGCCACGACUGCACCUGCGAGAACGGGACCCUGACCUGCCCAGCGCUGCCGUGUCCCUCCCCGGAGCCCGCGACUCCCGCCAGCACCAUGUCCUCCGUGUCCUCCGUGUCCCCUGUGUCCCCCAUGUCCCCCGGCUGCGGCGGCGGCACCCGGAGGCGGCAGCGGCAGUGCCGGGAGGGCCCCGGGCCGGGGCCGCCGUGCGGGGAGAGCCCCGGCGAGGAGACGGCGGCGUGUAACCCCCAGGCGUGCCCCGUGCCGUUCCCGGUGGCCCCAAGCUGCCCCCCGGGCGAGGUGUGGCUGGACCCCGGCCCCGCGUGCGAGCGCAGCUGCCGGGACCUUGCGGAGCCCCCCGGGACCUGCGGGGGGACCCCCGCGACCCCCGGAACCUCCGGAUCCCCCGCGACCCCCGGGACCCCCGUGACUCCAGACAGCUCCAGCGCCCCCGGGGUCCCCACGACCCCCGGCACCCCCGGCACGCCCGGGACCCUCGGGACCGCCUCGCCGCCCCCGCGCUGCGCCUGCGCCCCCGGGCGGUACCGGAACGGCUCCGGGCAGUGCGUGAGCGCGGGCGGCUGCGGCUGCCGGUACCGAGGGGCGCUGCGAGCGGCCGGCAGCGAGUGGCGGGAGCCGUGCGGGACCUGUCGCUGCUCCGAGGGACGCGUCACCUGCGGCAGCUCCUGCCCCGCGCUCACCUGCCCCGAGGGCGCGGAGCCGGUGCGGGAGCCCGGGAGCUGCUGCCCCGUGUGCCGGGACGAGUGGCCAGAGGAGCCCCCCGGGCCGUGCCGGCUCCUCACGGCGCUCCGGACCGUCGCCAAGGGCGCGUGUGUCCUGCGGGGCGUCCGCGUCACCUACUGCGCCGGGGCGUGCCGCUCCCGCACCGCCGUCAGCGCGCAGGAGCCGUACGUGCGGUCGCUGUGCGAGUGCUGCAGUUACCGGCUGGACCCCGCCCGGCCCGUGCGGGCGCUGCUGCUGCCGUGCCCCCGGGGCCGCCCCCGGCCCGCGCUGCUGCCCCGCAUCGCCGAGUGCCGCUGCGAGCCCUGCCGGGGUGGGGACUUCAGCCGGCGCUGA